GCCCGAAAGAAUUCCUCCCUUAACGGCUAGGCAGAGAAUUCCACUGAAGGUGAUGAGCGAAGAGUCGCCAGCCUUUGUUCUCACCUCUUCCCAGCUCUCAAGAUGGCGGGAUCAGUUCUAUGAAUCGCCCAUCAACCGUUUGGCCCAAAAUGUGUGCACCACCAGCGAUCCGUACAACGCUUGCGUGCAACACGUCGCACAGGAGAUUGCGGGAUUUCAUGAGAUACUGCGAGUGCCCACUGUGGGAAAGGCGACCACGAUGGGCGCCAGCUGGAUAUGCGCCGGCUUGGAUCUGCUGCGUCUGCCUUUUGUUGCCAAACAUCGAAUGCCGGACUUUGAGUUCUCAACAGCGUAUCUGCUCUACUGGCACAAAAUGGAGCGCUGCAAUUAUUUUUUGCACUCGGUGGUUGAGCUUUUGGAUCGUUGCGAGCCCAUAGACGGACGCACCUUCUCCUACCUGAUGAAGCAUGCCAUACCUGAUGCAGGCAACUGGCAAAUGUUUGUCAAUCUGGUCCGCAAACAUGGUCUGAUGCCCAAAAAGUGUUACUUGGUUAGUGUUUCGGCCACACGCACGCUGCAGCUCAACAAAAUUCUAAGAUCCAAGCUGCACGAGUACAGCAGCCAGCUGCAUGCUCAGUACACCUUCGAUGGCGACACUUCACAAUUACCCGCCAAGAUUGAAACGAUGCGGGAGGAGCUGUACAAAGUGAUUAGCAUCUGCCUGGGGACGCCACCAGUGGAAUUUAACUGGACAUAUUACGAUCUAAACAAGCGCUAUCAAAAUCUGGAAAAUCUCACUGCCUUGGAUUUUUAUGAGCUACUAGUCAAGCCUUGUUGUGAUUUGGAAUCUCACGUUUGCCUCGGUCAUGAUCCACGUGUUGAGCACACCUAUCAACACAAUUAUCAUGUAGCCUAUAGCUCCAAUAUGGUUGGGGGCCUGCGCCAAAGCUACAAUAAUCAGCCCAUGGAUGUGCUGCUACAGAGUGUGGUGGAUUCCCUGCGUGCCGGGUCUGCCGUUUGGAUAGCAUGUGAUCUCCAGCCUCGUUUCUACACGCAGUCCCAUCUACUCAGCCUCACAUCGCAUAACUUUGAGUUACUUUUUGGCACUCCAUUGGGUCUCGGCCUCAGUAGAGCGGAACGCCUCCUCUACCAUGACUCGCGACCUAACACAGCGUUGUUGCUAACCGCAGUCACAUUGGAUGAGCAGCUGAAGCCACUGAUAUUUCGGACCGUUGGAACAGCAUUAUCUAGCGACAGCAAAGAGAAUUCGGCGACUGCCUUGAUGGAUGAUAGGGUUGAGGGGACGCUUGAAACGGACGAGGUAGGCCGUGGUGCAUCUGGAAGCAAAGCCAUCUCGCUCUCCGCCAACUGGUUCCGUGAAUACGGCUUUGAAAUUGUGGUGGACUCGCGCUUUGUGCCUUCGAGCGUGCUGAAUGUCUUGCAAGCACAGAACAGCACUGAACUGCCUAUUUGGGACGCCAUGGGACGACUGCUCGCCUAAUGUCCUGUCAACAAGAACGUGCGACCUUCGCCAAGUGCGUCUGCAAACGAAAAUUACGUGACCUGCAUGCAUAUUUUAGGAGAUUAGCGCAAUGCCCAUUUGUAACUUGUCGAAUUAACAUUAAAUAAAACAAAACAGUUGUUUAAAGCAGA